AUGUCUUCACUAAUUCUUAUGGGCUUAAUGCCCAAAGGAGAAGAGAGCUCCAUAGCAGCACGAUUGUACAGCUCCCAUGAACUCGAUAUCGAUCCACUGCCAGAGAAUCACAAACGAGGUUUGAUCGCAAUUGCAGUUAUGGCUCUCUUGUCUCUUAUUGCAACAGCAACCCUUCUUGGUUUCAUCACCUAUCGUCUGGUCUUCUGGCGCGGCAGUUAUUCGCGAUACAUCGGUUACAACCAGUAUAUUAUCCUGAUCUACAACCUGGUCUUGGCCGAUUUCCAACAAUCACUCGCAUUCAUCAUCUGUUUACGAUGGAUUUUGACCGAUAAAAUCAAGUCCGGUAGCGCUGGAUGCUUCCUCCAAGGGCUCUGGCUGCAGAUCGGAGACCCCGGCAGUGGUCUGUUUGUGCUCGCCAUCGCCUUUCACACAUUCCUUUUGGUCGUUUGGGGACGUAAAAUGUCCUACCGGUUCUUCGUCUGGUUCGUCGUCGGCGUUUGGGCCUUCGUGGCUGUCAUGGUCAUCAUCCCAUUGGCAAUGCAUGGUGGGGAUGUCUUUGUGCCCUCCGGUGCCUGGUGCUGGAUUAGUGAAGAAUACGAAACUACCCGUCUGUGGACUCACUACAUCUGGAUUUUCGUCGCAGAAUUCGGCACGGUUGCUCUCUACGCUGUCAUGUACUUCCAGCUGCGCCGACAAAUCGCCGCUUCCUCGAUCCUCGGAAACAGUCAACUGGAGAGUCUCAAGCGCCUGCGCCGCGUCGUCGGAUACAUGACCAUCUACCCAAUCGUCUACAUUGUGCUGUCACUCCCUCUCGCCGCAGGUCGUAUGGCCACUGCGAAUGGAGACUCUCCUAGUUUGACCUUCCUCUGCUGUGCCGGUGCAAUCAUUACCAGUUCCGGCCUGGUCGAUGUGGCUCUGUACACGCUCACCCGUCGCGCCCUGAUUAUCGAUUCCGAGCCUAGCCAUGAUCGCUCUUACAACAAGUUUGCCAGCAGCAAGGGCAAGCGCGGAGACACUCACCUGACUACCAUCACCGCAGACCCCAAGCGCAAGAUGGGUGGCGGCACUUUCAACGAUGAUCUCGAUGGAUCAACGGAUAACAUUGUCUCGCCCAGCCCCCAUGCUAUGGAGCAUGGCCAUGAAAUGGCACCUAUUGGAAAGGUGUACCAAGAGACGACGAUCGAGAUUACACACGAGCCUGCCUUCCCCGAUGAAGGCUCCAGCGAGCGCUCAAGUAAAGAGGACUUCCCCUCUGAAAUGCCGCCUCAUAACCAAUGGCGCCGAUGA